AGAGGCCAAUAUGCAUCUGCCGUUACCGUAUCGUGUUUAAUGAUUGUUUCGUAUUUUCUUUUGCAUGACUCGUACUUCGUAGUUCGUAGUAACGCGCGUAAAUUAACGACGCUGGAUUGCAUCGGUAUUGUGUACGUAUCGCCACCAAAUAAUUAUAAUAUUUUAAAUUCUUCAUAUUUCUUUGUUGGGAAGUGCGUUUUGUCUCGAUAAUAAUAAUUUUACUCGGGUGGAUACGAAGAAGUUUCUCAUUAUCGGUCUCGGACUAUUCGACCCAAACCACCGUGUUUCCGCUGCUCUGUUGAUUAUUGCGUUUUAUUGCGAUUCCCGUUUCAAUGUUCGUAUUUCCCGUAGCGCUGUUGCAGUUGUUCCACUCAGUGUCCGCUUUCCAGGCGUGUGUGUGUGGUGUGUGAUCUUGUGUGCCUGAACGCCACCACAACCAUUGUUCCACCAUGAACAACGACAUUUACAAGUGUCGAUUAUGCGAUCGCAUGUAUCAUGACAAGGAAGUCGUCAUCGAUUUAUCGUCGGAGGAGGCAAAGAAGGAACAAAUUACUUCCAAAAUACUCAUCGCCCUGUCAAUCAUAAUUACUGAUCAUGAUCCUACACCGAAGUAUAUUUGUAGGGUAUGCUAUGGGCAAGUUGAAGUAAAUUUUAGAUUUGCAACUACGUGUCGAAUAAAUAAUGCAAAACAUAUGGAAAAAUUAAUAAAUGUACCAUCAAAUGAUAUGCUCAGAAAAGAGCAAAACAAGUUCAUGAGAACACCUGUUCAUGUUUUGUUUAAUAAAUACCAGUUUGAUAUGAAAGGGUUGUUUGAUGCAGUAACAAAGUAUUUGAAUGAUACUAAUGAAGACCCAAGUUCAACUCGACAUUUUGAAAAUUUUGACAAAUAUUUUGGUCUUAAUAACCACAAUGGUAUUACAAAUAGAUUUAAUAUUGAGAAUGAUAAUCCUGUUGGUAAUGGAAUUCCAGAAAGCUCUCCAGUACUUGAUGUAAUAGAGCCUAAUAUUGACACAAACAAUAUUGACAAUAUUUAUAAUUCUGGCAUAAAUCCUUAUAAACGAUCUUUUAUAUUUAUACCUAUCGUAAAUGCAAAUCAAUUGAACCAUACAGCUGAAACUAGCACGAAUAAAAAUGUUCAAUUUAACAAAAACUUUCCUAUUAAUUCUAGAAAUAAUGUAAUCAAAACAAGUCAAUAUCGUGUACUAAGUAGACCAAUUUCAUUACUUAGAAACGGUCAAAUUGCUGGGACAAAAAAUAUUUCACAAAAUAAUGGUAUUGCUACAUGUCAAACUCAAUCUGCUGUGAAUAGUUUUGCCAUGCGUAAAAAUCAAUCUACUAUGAAUAGUUCUGCGAUAGUCCGAAAUACAAUAAAUAAUCAUAGUUAUAGUCUUCUAUCUAAAGAAAAUGGCACAACAAAUGAUGAUGACGUUAUUUGUUUGGAUGAUGAUGACGAUGAUGACAUUAUUAUUAAUGAUAAUAAUAAUAACGAUGGCUCACAAGCUUUUCAAGAUAAUAGAAUUUCUCAAAAUAACCCAAGAAGAAAACUCAUCACUUAUAAUAGAAAAUUAAUGCCUAUACCCGAAAAUGUACAAUCUGAGAAUACUGAACAUUCUUCAAGUAUCUCAUGUGAAGAAAUGAUGAUUACUCCAGAUUUAGACUUCUCAACUUCUAAUUUGGGUUCUUCGUUAAAUGGAGAAGAUGAAUACUUUGAAGAAGUACCAUCUCAAGAAAAUAACGAGAUAAUUGAAUCAUCAUUAGUUAUACCAGAAACUGAACCAUCAACAGUUUUACCACCGGGUGCUGGUAUCCAUUUUUUAUGUGCUCCUAACGAUAACGAUAAAGUUGAAGAAUUGACUAAUAAAGAAGAAAAUACUGAAAAAAAAAAGCCAAGUGCAAGAAAAAGGAAAAAUCUUAAUACCAAAAAGGCUGUGCCUCCUAAGAAACAGUCUCAACGAAGUUCAAUUGUUGAACAUUAUCAAAAAGCUAAAAGUAAAAUACCAACACCAUCUACUUCUACACAAAUGACAGAAAGGUCAAACACAUCAUUAACAAAACCUAGGCCCAAGAGAGCAUCUGCUAUUGCAGCUAAUUUUGAGAUAAAAAAUUCUGGUUUAUGGAAAUUAGGAAAACAUAUAGACGGUUAUUGGGGACCAGAAUUAGAACGUAUUUCAUUACCACUGUUCCGAUGUCCAAUUUGUGAUGUAAUGUACUGGAGUAUAAAGUCACGUCAAAGACAUGAAAUGUCAGACCAUUCAUCGCUGCUUAAUUCUAUACAUAAACCUGUAGUGAAUUCUGCUCCUUCAGCAGGAAAUGCAGCUUGUACUCAACAACUAUCUCUUAUGAAUUAUUUGCAACUUCGCUUAGUAAAUAAAGAUGAACCUGAUGCAAUCAACCAUUUGGCCAAGAGAACACAUUUAUUGAAAGCACUCAAGGUUGUGGGAUCCAAAACUAGUGGAAUAUUAAAGUGUAAUUGUUGCCCGUAUGAAACAAAGCUUAUGUUUGCUUUAUGGGCACACAUGUCUUCCAAUCAUUUAAAAUCUGAUUUUGAAAAAAAAUCAUGUUUAUUUUGCUUUUUGUGCAAUCGCUCAGUUAGUAAACGUACAACAUUGCUCAAACAUGUAGACAAAUGUUCAAAAGAAACAUUAGAUAUUAAUAAUUCAUGUAAUCAAUUUGUCUGUACACUUUGCAAUCUUACCUUUGAUUCUUUAAUAAAACUUGAAGAUCAUACUUGGAGACAUAAGUAGAGAGUUACUAGUAAGGUUAUAAACAUUCAUAUUACUAAUAUAAUAUAUAUAUAUAUAUAUAUAUGGUAUAUAAUUUACAUAUAUAUAUAUGUAUAAUAUAUGUUUUAUAUCGGACCUUUGUAUAAACUUUUUCUUAUUUCUAUAGUUAUAGUGUUAUAUUAUACUAUAUUCAUUAGUUGUUAUAAAUGUUUCCUAAACUAUUGAUAAUAUUAAGUUCUACAAAAGUAAUCUGCUUAAAAUUCAAAUUUAGAUUCAAAGGAAAUAUAAUACUAAACUACUUGUGCUUUUAACUAAUCUUAAUUUCACUGAUGGGUGAACAUUAUACAUUAUUUCAUAUUGAUUUACGCUUUAAUUAAUAUAAUUUUGUUUCUUUGUUUAGAAUAAUUUUUUAAUUAUAUUUAAUGAUUUUUCAUUUCUUUUGUUACAUUGAAAUAAUGCAAAUUAUAAAUUUAUGCUUUAUUUAUAUUAAUCUUAGGUUUUUUUUUUGUAUUAUUAUUACUACUAUUUUUUCUUUGUACACAAGCAAUUAACCGUGUAUGCUUGUCCUACUAAAUUUAAGUAUUUUUAUCUAACAAUAAUUAAAUAAUAAAAAUAAAAAUAAAAAUUGUAUUAGAUUUUAUAGAAUAUUUUAUACAUAGUUGAGUAAAAAUAAAUCUUCACUUGUAUUCUAUAUUCAAUAACUAUGUGAUGGGAUAAUUUUAUUUUAUUCCAUAUGGUUGUUUAAAAAAUAAAUAAGUUGUUAAAUUAAAAUAAAAAAAUUAUUCAUUUUUAUUCAUAACAUGGUGACUUCAUGAAUACUUUUCUGCAUGAUUCUUUAUAUUAUAGAAAAAGGUAUUUGUUGUUGCUUUUUUAAAUUAAAUUUUUUAAAUUAAUUUAUUUUGAUGAUGUAGUGAUAUUUAGAUAUUCCUGACUGGGGGGGGAUGUUUUCCAAUUUUGAAAAACUGUUAAUUUACCUUCAAGUUAAAAUAUUUUUUGUGUUGUUAUUAAUUAUUAUAAUUUGUUUUUAUUAAAUUUGCUAAAAAUAGAGCAUGACUGAUUUUAUUUUUAUAAUAUUAUGUCAAAAUGAUAUUACUUGGAUAUUUUAACCAUGUAUUAUUUGUUUAGUUAUAUUAUUGAUAUGUUAUUUGAUUUUAUAUAUACAAAUUAUUACAAUAUACAUAUUGCAUACAAAUAACUAUAAUUAAUACUAAAAUAUUGACAAUGUUGUUGAUAAACAUAAUACAAUGUAUGCAUUAAUUUGUUUUUAAUUGUAAAAUUAUUUUGUUAAUUUACUGCAAAGAACAUUCUUCAGUCUUCGGAGACUUCACUAUUUUGUUUUUUGCUCUCUUAAAUAUAUCCAAGUGUGAGAGAUAUUGUCUAAUGGACUGUUGGUGGAUAAUUAUAUUGUUAAUUUUUUUCAUCAAAAUACUGGCAUUCUUUAACAUUUGUUAUAUUUUUUGAUACCUACUUUAAGUAUUUAGUUAAAUUAUUUUUAUUUUUAGAUCUAUAUGUAUUUUUAUUUGACAAUGUUGUGUGAAUGUAAGUAAUCAUAUCUAAUAAUUUAAUAUGACCAUAAGUAUACGAAAAAAAAUUAUUCAAAUAAUAUAAAAUAAUAGUAUGAAUAAUUUUUUUUUGCAUACUCAAUUAAAGUAAUGGAGAUUUAAUAAGAAAUAAGUCUUAUUGAAUGAACAUGAAUUAGUACAAUGAUGUAAACUCAUACUAUUUGUUUACAAUUUAUUAAUCAUAAUUUAUAAGUAAGCACACUUGUCACAGGGUAUGCCUAUAUUUUAUAAUUAACUUAUAAGUAUAAGUAAUACGAUUGUCUCAUUAUUUAUUUGUAUUUUAUAAAUAUAAUAUAAUUAAUUUUAGUGUAGUAAAA